UUACACAAACACAAUAUCCCACCACUUAACUCCUCUGUUCCGCCUUCGCUACCACCACUCUCACUCUACCCAGUGAUGGCUGCUUAUGGAGCUGCCGUUUCUCUCAAGAACACAAUUCAGAGUCUUCUAGAAUCGUCUCGCAUCUUGCUGGUUCCUCCCUCUCCACAGAUCUUACGAUCCGCCUACGAUGCUAUGUCUUGUUUGCUGAAAGUUCUGAGCAAAUUGGACAGCACGGGCUACAGCAAGAUCAGGACGAAGGUGAACGCUUUGGAUGACCGAAUCAAAGAGGUCGUAUGGGAAUUCGAAGAUUUACUCGAAUCCCAAUACGCUGAUCAGAUCCUUCAACAGCUUGAAAGUGAGAGAGAUCGCUUGCCUUUCUCUGUAGAUAUGCAGAGUCUGCGCCAGAGUGUUGAUCGCUUCAUCGAGAGGAUGACGGUGAUGGAGGCCGAGUACAAUAUGGAGCUGUUGAAUAUGCCUGAAGAAGAAGGCCAACCUCUUUCCUCGAGAAUUGAUUUUCGUGGCAUCAACUCAAACAUGGUUGGAUUGUCCGAGCUAUUUGAAAAAGUGAGGGAUUUUCUUCUUCUAGGAGGAGAAGGUGAAGAUGAAGAUGCUAAAGAGAAUUGUUUAUUAGUAACUGGGAUGGCAGGGGUUGGAAAGACUACUCUUGUUAAGAAAGUAUUUGACGAUCCAUCGAUUCUGACACAUUUCGAUCUUCGAACAUGGGUCAAAGUGGGCAGAAAAUGUGAAUCCAAUGAGACAUUGAGAUGCAUUCUAGCUCAACUGGAUCGCAGCAACCGCGACCAAAUGCUUAUCCAAAGAGACGAUGAUGAUAUCGAGAAAUUAGUUGGACUCUUAGAAGAUAGAUUGAAGGAUAAGAAAUGUCUCAUUGUGUUGGAUGAUGUAUGGAAAUGGGACACACGACUCAUGAGUACUUUGCAAGUAAAGAAUGUUCAAAUUUUGCUUACAAGCAGGCUGGGAAUUGAAGAUUCUCCAAAUUAUUGUGCUGUAAGUUUGUUGGAUAAAGUAGAAAGUAAGAGGUUACUUGGUGAGAAGGUGUUCGGUGAAAAAGGUUUCCCACCUUACCUUGAGGAAUUGGGAGAUAAGAUUGCACAAAAAUGUGAAGAUCUUCCACUUAUGAUAGUUACAGUUGCAGAGCUGCUAACAAAAGACAACAAGUGUAUAGCUGAAGAGCUCCUAAACAAGGAAGAGCUUAACAAGAGUAUCCAAGAAUAUUGGACUGAGGUAGCCGAAAAACAAUAUAGUUCAGUCUUCGUGGAAGCAUACAAUCACAUUUCAGAGGCAAAUGGGAGAAAAAUAAUGUGUCAGAUGUGGCAUUAUCCCAUCAUUUCAAGUGUAUUAUCAUGUUGUUUCCUGAAUUCAAGGUUAGUGAUUUGUUGGAUUUUGUUGAGAAUUAUGUAACCUUAAUGUUGAACUAUUCAGUUAAAUUUCUGUUAAAACAAUGCUUGCUUUUUUCCCAUAUUUAAUAAUCUCUCUGCUUUAUGUAUAUUGAAUAAGUUGAUGCUUUUUUUGUUAUAUUUGAUGAAAAUUUUGAAAUUGUAUCUUGUUUAUCUAUUAAUUUGUGUAAUAGUUAAUACGGGAACUUGUAAUAGUAAGUAGGACCGUAAUUUUUGUUAUCGCAUUUUUGUCGUUGUUGGAACUCCGUGUUUGUGGCUGCAUUUCUGGUGCGAUGAAGGUUUACGGUGAAGGAUAUUGUAUCAUGGAACUCUGUUCUUGCUGCGAAUGCUAGAAACGGGGCGCUUGAUUAGGCGUUCACUGUUUUUAGUCGAAUGCCUAAUCCUGUGCAGCGAGCUUAUAGAUGGAAUCGUUAUAUCUCUACUUUCAAGGGUGCUAACUGCCAAACCCGAACUCGUCUUCUUGGAACACGAUCAUAACAGGCAUUGCUGGACUGUCUUCCCUCGAGCAACUUGCCGAUGAAGCAUAUGAAGCAGCUGAUCAUGACGUUCCAGGAGAGUACGU